CUUACACCAGGCCACCAUUGCUGUGUAAUUUUAUUGCCUCUACUUGAUUUCAAAAGCACUUCUGAGAGUGAAAGUGCUUCCAUGGGCAACAGUUUUGGGGGGAAGAAGACAACAAAGGUGAUGACAAUAAGCGGCCAAACAUUCAAGUUGAAGACACCAGUUAAAGCCGAAGAGGUGGUGAAGAACUAUCCCGGAUUCGUGUUGUUGGAAUCGGAAGCUGUGAAGCACUUCGGAAUUCGGGCGAAGCCUUUGCAGCUUCAGCAGAAUUUGGAGCCGAAACGGCUUUAUUUCUUGGUGGAGCUUCCGAAUGCGGCGGCGGAGGAGAAAGUUCCCAGGAGGGUUCGGUCGGGCAUUCAAAUGAGCGCGAAAGAAAAGCUUGAGAGCUUGAUGUUGUCGAGAAGAUCAGCAUCGGAUCUCACCAUUAUGAAGAAGGUGAACGAUUUGGGCGAGGGGGAUUCUGGAAUGAGGGUAAAAAUGAAACUUUCGAAAGCUGAAGUGGAGAAGGUGAUCAAAGAGAGCAAGAAUGAGAACGACGCGGCGGAGAAAAUUAUGGAGCUUUGUAUGGCGAAUAAUGGAACAAGGAACAGUGGGGGUGAUGAUGAUGAUUCCAGUGAAAUGAAGGGGAAGAAGAAUGAGAACGGUGCAGUGUCGCAGGGACGACAAGUGCUUUGGAAGAAGAACGGCCGUGGAGAUGGACAUGAAGGAGCUCGAGACGGAUUCGAGGCUCGUGAGAGACGUGUGAGCUUCAGGCCAGUCAACGAAGGAGGAAGCCAAAUAGCAGUGGCCUCUUGACAAGCUAAAAUUAAAAUAAAAUGUCAAAAUAAAAUUAUAUAAACCAAAUACACCGGAAAAAUAAUUAUGUUUCUAGGUUCUCUUUAAUCUCAAUUUCAACGUGUAGUUGUGACACCCCACUAUAGGUAUUUAUCCCAAACAAUCAAAAUACCGAAAUAAUGUGUCACCCAAGUUCUAAUUAAUGUAAAAAUAUAGUCAAUGUAUAGUAAUAAAAUAAUAUUAUGCACUUAUUAUUAA